AUGCCAUCGCUCGCCCACGAAUCCGUGUGGCUCGCCCUUACAAUAACCCGCUACACAUAUCCCGUUGUGGUCUUAUGCUAUUUCAUCCUUGCUCUCACCAUUACCGUUUGCACUUUGCAGACACAAGCCCGCAGUGUCAGAGAUGAACAUGUCCGUCGCGAUGUUAUGCUGGCGCUGAUAGUCACUAUCGCUGCCACCUAUCUUAUAGAAUCGGUUGCAAUUCUAGUUGACAGUUUGAGCAGCUCCUCUGCCGCGUCCCUCGGCCAAGACCGGCUGGUAUAUCUAAUUGCCUCAACAAUCGCUUUCGGGAUCCAGGCUAUGGCCUUGGCAGAUAGCAAGUUUCCUGUAUGGUAUCCCUACUAUGUCACCUGGUUGAUGGGAAUUAUUGUGGAGAGUACCCUCCUCGUCGUUCCCAACAGUAUCAUCCCGCCUACUAAGACUUUCGAAUUCAUCGACAUUGUUAUACAAGCCUUGAGAAUCUGCACGUUCCUUGUUUUAGUGUUCCUAUACUUCGGGCUAUACAAUGGCCAAAAGGAGCAUAGUAAUGGGGAUCCCGAACGCCAGUCACUUUUGGGGAAGAAGCUUGUAGGCUCUGAAGAUUCCGCUAAUGGAAAGGGAUACGGUACGACGACGGACAACUCCACCUCAACUACCACAGAUACCGACUCGUGGAUCAUAAGACAAAACAAGGCAGAAGAACUAAUUCAAAAGCGUUUAAAGGAGGACGGCAAUUGGUUUACAUAUGCUAAAGGAUUUACUGUUUUCUUCCAGUAUGUCUGGCCGUUCCACAGCAAACGCCUUCAGCUUAGAGCGCUUCUCGUAGGAGUGUGUCUGCUCUCCUCAAACGCCUUGAAUGUCCUAGUUCCGAAUCAGAUGGGCGUGAUGGUAGACAGCCUGACAAAAUAUGUCCAAGGAGACCACCAACACAAUAUCUGGCUACCAGUUGCAAUAUACACUGCCCUAAAGUUUGUAAACAGUGGCGCUUGUAUUGGCUGGAUUCAAAAAUGGUUGUGGAUGCCAGUCGAGCAGUUCUCGUACGAUGCACUAAGUACGGCGUCCCACGCCCAUAUCAUGAAUCUGUCAUCCGACUUCCAUGACAGCAAGACUAGCUCGGACCUCAUUCAAGCUGUAAAUGGAGGUAGGUCGGUUGCAGACUUACUAGAAACCGUAUGUUUCCAAGUCAUACCCAUGUUUAUCGACCUUGCAGUUGCUUUUAUCUAUUUGUGGUCCCUUUUUGGUCCGUAUAUGGGCCUCAUGAUGGGCGCAACGGUCACUUCAUACCUCUACAUUACGACAAGGCUUGUUAGUCGUCGGUCCAACAAACGCCGUAAUUAUAUUGCAGCGAUGCGUAAAGAAUGGAGCGUCGGGUAUUCUUCACUUGAUAUGUGGAAUACUGCAAGUUUGUUCAACAUGAUUCCAUAUGAGCAAGAUAGAUACUCACAUGCCAUCAAAGACCACCUCAAAGUCAAGUAUACAUAUGAGAUGUCUUCGCACUCGAUUAGUGCUGCUCAGGGUUUGAUUAUGACUAUUGGAUUACUAGGAGCGCUAUGGCUAGGUGUUUAUCAGGUCGCUUACGAGGGUCGGUCUGUUGGGAAAUUUACUACUCUACUUAUUUAUUGGGCACAGCUGUCAGGGCCUCUGACAUUCUUCAGUAGCAUGUUCAAGAACAUUUCCUACAGUUUGAUGGAUGCUGAGCGUUUACUCGAGUUAUUCCUAACGAAGCCUACAAUCAUCGAGUCGCCGAAUGCAAAACCACUGAAGUUUAGCAAGGGCCUCGUCAAAUUCGACGGCGUCUCCUUUGCUUACGAUGAUCGGAAGCCUACUUUAAAGGACGUCACUUUUAGCGUGCCUUCGGGAAAGACGGUUGCAUUAGUGGGCGAGACUGGAGGCGGUAAAUCGACAAUUCUUAAGCUAAUUGAACGAUUCUACGAUGUCAAAGCCGGCACUAUUUCAAUAGACGGCCAAGACAUUCGCGAUGUAACAUUGACUAGUCUCCGAGAAAAGAUCGGUGUUGUGCCUCAAGAUCCGCAACUCUUCAAUGAAUCCAUCAUAGAUAACAUCCGCUACUCGCGGCUUUCAGCUACCGAUGAAGAAGUACACGAGGCUUGCAAAGCAGGUGCCGUUCACGACAAGAUUAUGUCCUUCCCUGACGGCUAUAAUUCUAAGGUUGGCCAUAAUGGAGUUAAAUUAUCUGGAGGCGAAAAACAGCGCAUUGCGAUCGCUAGAGCCAUUCUGAAGCAGCCGGAGAUUAUUCUUCUUGACGAAGCUACUAGUGCAGUCGAUACUGAAACUGAACAAGUCAUCCAGGACGGUUUUAACACUUUGUGUCGGGAUCGAACGACCUUUAUUGUUGCUCACCGUUUGUCAACAAUCAUGAAGGCGGAUCAUAUUCUCGUUAUCAUGGAUGGUGAGAUCGUUGAACAAGGCAGCCAUGACGAUUUAAUUCAUUCCAAAGGAAAAUACCAUGAAUUGUGGUCAAAACAAAUUCUUGUCAAGCCAACCGACGAACAGCCCAGGUCCCAAAGCCCCACAACACAGGAUACAAACAUCGUCAACGACCUUGCACCCGAUCUACAGAAGGUUGAGCUAGCCAAGGUUAUGGAGAGUACUGCAGACCAACAAGGCACUAGGGAUGCUGGCGGAUCGAAGGACGGCGAGGGGAAGGGAUCUGGGGGGGGUCACCAGCAUGAAGGCUUCAAAUUGAAACCAGACGCACCGGAAUUUGUUCCACUACGUUCGGAUAUCGGUCCACGCAGCUCCUCUGCAAAGAUUUUCCAGAAAGAUACGUUAAAUAUGCGGGAGGUGCAGGAUAGCCUGCAUAGAAUUGGAAACCUGGGUACAAAAGCAUGUAAGAACGGAGAUUCCGACUAUUCAGUGCCGAAGCCUAGUGAUAAAAAUUAUACCUUAGGGGGUGCGACCGGGCAACCUACUGAGACUGAGGCAUCUCUGGUCAACAAGCCGAAGCCCAAGCAUUCCAGACCUCCGAGAAGACAUACCUCGACGAGCGAUCUCGCCUCUAAACUCCAAGAUCCAUGUGAUGGCGUUCAAGAUUCGGAUAUGACAGCGGUCAGCUCUAGUGAAAGCCAACCGUUAUUGCAGAGUUCUUCAAAUGCAAGUGCUCUACAAAGGAAUCCGAGUAGCUUUACUGAUAGAUUUCAGCAACACCAUCGGGUCUCGAGUUCCAGUAAUCCGCCUUCUAGUUCUCAAGACCUUCGGAGCACUCGUACCCGAAGGACCCGCCACUGGCGCUCAAGGAACAGGAGUGCAGAUAAUUCAGGAUCUAGUGCGCCAGCUACUGCAGGUAGCUCUUACGAAACUCCUGCUAACGACACACGUGUACCCCCUGUGUCUAUUGCAAGGCCAAUCGAAGGCGCCAAUCAUACUUUGAGCACUCUCCUAUCUCCUCGCGACCUUUAA